GGGCGGGGUCGGUGGGAGGAGCUUGUAGCUGACAGGCUCUGUGUCUCCUUCACUUCGCCCUCCAGCCGCACGCACCGGACACAGCAGGCCGCGCAUCGCCCAGCACAGAAACAAUGGCUGUACCUCCAUCAUAUGCUGAUCUUGGCAAAUCUGCCAGAGAUAUAUUUGGCAAAGGAUUUGGUUUUGGCAUAGUGAAACUCGAUGUAAAGACCAAGUCUGCAAGUGGAGUGGAAUUUACAACAUCUGGAUCAUCUAACACAGAUACCGGUAAAGUAAAUGGCAGCCUAGAGACCAAAUAUAAAUGGGGAGAAUAUGGCCUGACUUUCACAGAAAAGUGGAACACUGACAACACUUUGGGAACAGAAAUCACCAUUGAAGACCAGAUUGCAAAGGGCUUGAAGUUGACAUUUGACACAACAUUUUCCCCAAACACUGGGAAAAAGAGCGGUAAAGUUAAGGCUGCCUACAAGCGUGAAUAUGUAAACUUAGGCUGUGAUGUGGACUUUGAUUUUGCUGGCCCUGCUAUCCAUGGAUCUGCAGUUGUGGGUUAUGAAGGUUGGCUUGCUGGCUACCAGAUGACAUUUGAUAGUGCCAAAUCAAAGCUGACCAAGAAUAACUUUGCUGUUGGUUACAAGACAGGGGAUUUCCAGCUCCACACCAACGUCAAUGACGGUUCAGAAUUUGCAGGAUCUAUCUACCAGAAAGUUAGCGACAAAAUGGAAACCUCAGUCAACCUUGCCUGGACAUCUGGUAACAACAGCACUCGCUUUGGAAUUGCAGCCAAAUACCAGUUGGACUCAAACGCCUCCAUCUCUGCAAAGGUGGAUAAUUCCAGCCUUGUUGGUGUAGGAUACACCCAAACCCUCAGGCCAGGAGUGAAACUCACUCUUGCCGCCUUGGUAGACGGAAAGAACAUAAAUGCCGGAGGACACAAACUUGGCAUGGGUCUAGAAAUGGAGGCUUAAGUGUCCAUUUGUUCUGUCUAAAAUUAGCGCCAAGGGAUAUCCAGGAAAAUUGGCCUUACCUAUAUAUUUUGUUUCCAGAACCAGCAAAACUUAUAUGUACUUCCCUCUUUUCUUUCCCACCCUUACAAAUUGUCAUUGUUGUCAUCAUAGGAAAGGAGCUGUAUUGAGGUAGAUAUCCCAUCCGAUCUGGAUGAGCCUAGUUAUCCCUCCUGGUUGGGAUCCUACCAUGAAGCACUCCCUUACACAUUUAUUAAAAUGUGUACAACUCUUAUUAUAUUUCGUAGUGCUUCCCACCACAGAUUAAAUAAACCUCUCCUAUUAAAAACACAAAUGUACAUGUUUUGCAUGUCUGUUUUUUAUGUUCCUUUUAACAUUUGAAAAUGCCAACUCUGAAGCAAGCAACAAACGUAGGUCUCUUCAGCCAGAGGGACUGACGGUUUGUAGAAGUCAACUUUAUUUUGUGACGGUUUUUGAUAUCCUUAAAAGUAAGAAUUAUGAAUAAAAACAAAAACCAACA